UUCACGUCCACCGGCCGAACGGUGGGAGAGAUCUAAUUCUAUCAAAUUCAACCUCCUCCUUCCUUCCAUUUCCAGAAGGAAGAAGACGAGGUAGAAGAAGAAAGAAAAGAGAAGGGGGCAAAAAAAACAAAGAAAGAAAGCAGAAGAGCGACUUUUCAUGAGAGUUUCAUCUCUCUCUGUUCAUACUUCAUACUGAGUCUAAGUUCUUGCCUUAAUUUCAAUCUCUUCCUCUCUGUUCUGCUUGUUCUCUCUCUCUCCCUCCCUCUCCCUCCCUCUCUCAAGAGUUUUGUUUAAUUUUUGAGAACUACGGUUCUUAACCAUGGGAACGGAAGUUUUGCGGCCUCAGGAUUGUUUGAUUGAAAGAAUCAGACAGCCUCCGGUUUCGAUUUAUCGACAGAGUUAUGGAAAUCACUAUAAUCAGGUUAAGAAUUAUGUACCCAACCCAAGAUCCAGUCGAAAACCGGCCAAACGACCUGAGAGGCCAGAUAAAAGGAGACGAGUUGUUGUUCCGAGCCAACCGAUUCCGGUGACGUCGGUCUCGAAGAGGUCCAGCUCUGAUGACUCGAGGAUGGGGAGGAGCAGCGGGAUAACGAGGGAGAAGGUCACAAUUCUUCGAAGAGGCGAGUCGUUAGAUUCGAAAAUCAUGAGCGACGCGUUGACGAAAAAGGUAGGUGACGAUCUCAUGACUUGCUCGGGUCAAUCCAUUUACGCGGGAUCGGCGUUCGUGGUGUCUCCAUCACCAAGCGCGCUUCCUCUGCCUUCUUUUUCAAAGAAGCAGCCGUCCGCAGUCGUCGACGACUUUGCAACGCGAGAUCUCCGGCGUCUGCUCAGACUCGAAUGACUUGCUGGCGUGUUGAAAUUUGAAAUCAGGGUUUGGAUUGGGUCGAGCUGGAAGGGAUCUGUUUCACACUUCCUUCAUCCAUUAGCUUUCACCUUAGAAUCUUCUUCUUGAAUCUAUCUUCUCCUCGCAUCAAGGUUAUCGGCAUCGCGUCGCUCCCGACGGGAAGUUUGACCUGACCGUGAUUUUUUAAAACGGAAGGGUAGAACUAAAAUCGGGGUAAAAUGUUGGGGCAAAUAUGUGAAAACAAUAGUUUGUCGUUAGGCUCAUAGUUGGAUUCGCAUGAGAUGCGGGGUCUUAAUUGUAAUUAGCUCGUAAUCUAAGUUGAGAGUGGUGAAGAGAAAGAAAGUGAGGAAAUGGGAGGUUGAUUUGUAAAAUCCGGGAAGAUAUUGGGCUGGAUUAGGUGGGCCGUGAAUAAUUUCUUAGCUUUAUGACUUUAAGAUGGGCCAAGUGCCUUUUAUCCUUGAUGUUGUAGACUAAAAUAUUUAAAUCAGAAAUCUGGGCUUGCUGUAAAAA